CUAGCAAUAAUCCAUCUGAGCUGUUUGAGAGAAUGCACAGACUACAGAAGCCUUCAAAUACACCAACACACCUACCCAGAUAUGUUAUAGUCUGCUGUCAUUCUUACAAAACAAAACAACAAAUCACCUCAGCUUUAAUGAAAAAUUGAACAAAAGGCACAGCAUAUGAGUCAAAUAAAGUCUUUUCAGAUAUCUCCUUUCAAACCAGACAGCAGAAAAGAGAAUUUGCUCCAAUGGCGAAAAUAACGGGGAUACUCGCCAAACUAAAUGCCUCAGGACAAACUGGAGUGCGCUACCCAAACUGGGGGCGCCCUGGUGAACCUCCUGACACCCAACUCGAAAGCACCCCACAGACUUGGGCACGAGAUGGGAAGCCGCGGCCUACAGAUGAAGGGACCGGGGAGAGGCGGCUGCUCUCCUCGUCCUCACAUCGAAAGCAUACAGACGCAGAUAAUCAGUCCUCUCCCCUCCCCCCCCCCCAGGACCGGCGGGGUGAUCCCGGUCCACAGACCACAGAAGGAGAAACCAGGCAAGCAGAUGGCAGUGGCGGAGGCCGGCAGCAUGGCAAACGCCACACGCACUCCCCGGAGCGGUACAGAAAGGCUCGAUGUCCUGGGUCAACUAGACGCCAUAUUUACAGCAUUCUGGGCAAAACUAGCAAGCAGACAGACGCCCACCCAGACUCCUGCUGGUACAUAACGUACCGCUCGGACACCAAGGUCAUAGACCCGCAGUCCCGCAAGCACAAAAAGCCACAAGAUGGCGCCACCGAAGAUAGUGCCCCCCGGCUGCACACAAAGUCAUCGGGCACAAGAUUUGGAAAUAUGCACUCUCCCAGCCGCUGCCACAUCCACAGCCUGCAGGGAAGAAAGCGAGGAAACACCACACUUCAACACACCGGACCCAGCUUGCCCAGCUAUGUGAUCAACAAACCCAAAGAGCAGGGACACUCGACCUCCCAACCUCAGAAAAUGGCGGCUCCACUACUGUAGCGCACAGGGGGCCAUCGGCUACAAAAUCUCUGGAGAUGAUCCCGAGCAACAUCAGCCUACUCUCGAGGUGUCGGAGCACCCAGCAACUUCAAAUCAAACUGGGGAUUGGGUGAGCAAGCUCUCAGUAGCUGCCCCAAAGACUCCUAUCCCUACGGACUCAUCUCUCACAUGGUGGACUCCUGUAUUUUGGUAAAUUUUUCCCUUUCAUUCCCUUUUUCUCUUUUUCUCCCCACCUCUCUGAUUUGACUCCACAGGCUUUCAACCAUUAAUGAAUCUGUCAGAUAAAUAUGUCUCUCGUAAUAAUAUUCUCAGGUUAUGUGCCUAACAUUAACAAUAGAAAUAUUCACCUACCCAUAGACAUAUCCAGCAUAAGCGAGCCUCACCGGGGUAAAAUUGUUCAGUUAUAGCCAGAUAUGUCUAGCUAGCACGACACACGUUUUAUUCCUUCUAUAGGAAGCAGAGCAGACCUAGCAAGUGUUUGAUGUACAAUAGCAAAGCGACAUCUGGUGAUCCAGCAUUUAGUUUUUACUCACACACCCGGAGACAGGCCUUGGGUAAAUAAGCGGAAAACCCUAACACAUCACACUUAGUAAGCCUAUUCACCUGUAACUGCACCUAGCCUGCCUCUCCUCGCAACUACCAUGCAGGUCUACCCAGAGUUAUCGUAUCCGCUAUGAAGCGGACAGGAACAGAGAGGCUGUAGUUUCUCCAUGAGUCUAGUGCCCUAGCUCUGUAUAGAUCUGAACAAGCUUGCUCUUUAAUACUGGUUUUAAUCUCGUUUCUACGCAUAUCACACAAUGUCUUACUCGCUACCUGUCUUAUAAUCACAUCAUCUGCUACUUUUGAGAAAGACUCUAAAAUAUAUUAUUAACAAAAAUGUGCCGCACACUCAAAUGCCACACAAAUGUUAACCACUGUUUAAUUGCUUCUCUGUCACUGUUGUUGGGGCAUUGACAAAAUGUUUGUAAACAAUAUGCACGUAAAAAUAAAGAAUAAAUAAAAACAUUAAAAAAAUAAAAUAAAAAAAAACAGCAAUGGAUAAAGAGGAGAUUCACCUGCAAUAUAGAAUGUAAGGUGUUAAUACAUUUUAAAGAUACAAAUAUGGUGUUUUUGAGGAAUGAAACCGAUAGACAUGAGUGGAAUGUCAUAAAUUUGAAACAGAGGUCCACAUAUAGUUAUUUCACAUAUGGGAGAUUUUUGGUUUAUCACAGAACCAAAUAGAUAUUGAUCUGAUGUGAAGUGAGAUUUAAUGUAUAAGUUUAGCACAGGAGUUACACUCCACAGGAGAUACACUCUAAGCAUAGACACAGUAGGAG